UCGGUGAACCUCAGGGGCGGGAGCUCGAUGAGUGGCAGGUGCCAGACCAAUGCCGCGCUGGGAACAGGGGGGCGGAGACCGGGGGUGCGGUCUCCCCAGCCCAGCCGGAUCCUGCAGGGUCUAAACCCGCCGCUGAUGCGCGGCUCCCCUAUGGCUUGCCUCAGGGUGCGGGGAUUUCUGUCCGGCGCCCCACAUGGUCCUCAAAGGUUCCGCAGUGUGGUUCGACCCUCCGCACGGGGGAUGCUGCUGCGGCCUGAUUGCCCUGCUGGCUCCGCCGGGACGGGCGGCAGCUCUGGGCCCGGCGGGCAGGGAUCGCGCCCCUGGCCAGCGGGGCGUCUGGGGAGCCAGGCGCGGGCAUCGGGCACACGUCGCCCACCGCUGACCCUGCCCGGAGUUUCCCGCCAACCUCGGCGAAGGGGAGGGAGGCCGGCGCGCAGACCCGGGCUGUACCGCCCACUCCGGCGGGGGCGCCGGUUCCUUAUUUACCGCGGUCCUACCCUGCACUCCCCGGCCGGACGAGUGAGCCGCGAGCGACUUACCGAACCUGGGGCGCCACAGAUGCGGGCCCGGGGAGGGGAGAGCGCCGCGGUCCUCAGACCGCUCCGUGCCUCCCACCAACGCCGGGGCGCCACGCAGAACGCGGACCGAGGAACGGAUGCUGGCGGAGCGACUGUGACCGCGAGUCCACAGGCCUCGCCCGAGGAGCCGCCAGGCGAGCCUAAUGCCUCAAUUGCGCGGUGGGGGAACCGCACGACCCCGGUCCUGCCCGUCCUGUCUUCCCGUCACGCACGCUGCACAUCGCUCUUAACUGAGCACCAAGCCGAACGAGGCAUCGUCCCAGGGGCUGAGACUGGGGCAGCGGUGGGGAGCAAUUCCGGAGGGUCGGUGAGCUGGAGAAACGUUAGCGCGUUACCCUUGCUAAGGAGCGGCCGGGUGGCAGAGGGCGCGAGGCGUGCAGGGGCAGCCAGGGCAGGCCACCGGGCAGGCGGCGCGGCACGGGCGGGCCCGAGGGAAGCUCGGGAAGGACGCGGGCCGGGAUCCGAGCCCAGAGGCUGCCAGGUGCGCUCCCGGGGCUGGGGACGGGAGCGCGCGGUGUGGUGCGGCCGGAAAGGACACCCAGAGGGAAAGACAAGCAGAAGGCCUGGGGGGCUGCGCACUCCCGGACCCGGGCUGUGAGGGGUUCCUGAGCUGCUGAGUGAGGCUGGGGCCCGUCUGCUGUGCUGGAGACCCCUGACUGACUGCAGCUCGUGAAGCCGACUGUCCAGGGGUAAAUGCGGCCCGAGGGAGGACCCUCAUCUCUAAUAUUCCUUAGAAAACUCUCCGCUUGGUUUUUCACUCACCAGUAGGACGACGACUUUGCGGUCAGAAAAUGCAAGUCAUAGCACCAGUCAGGGCUGUUUGACUUUAGGCCACCCCGUCUUCUAACCGCGGGGUGCCUCAGUUUCCUCAUCUGCAAACUGGGAGUUUAUAACCACUGCACAAGAGCAUAGUACGGUUAAGUGAGCCAAUCAGGUUUCUCAUCUGAGGGGAAAAGGGAGGCCGGGAAUUCACCCAGGCUUUCUAAAAGCUUAGCUGCCCGGGCCUGGGUCCGACCCCUAGACAUUGACUCUCCUUGCUCGGGGAAGAACAGUGAGUCAGUCUUGAAUAUCUCACACCCUACAUUCAGUCCAUCAUCUCAUCCAUAGGGUUCCCCUCUUUUACAACUGUUAACUUUGAAUUAACAUUGUAUGUAUAGAGAAUCUGGAAAGGUAAUAUAGAGAAUCCCCCUACACUUCUCACCAGGUUCCCCAAAUAUUAGCAUCUUACAGAAUCAUGGCUAUGGUAUCAGAGGCAGGAAUCUAACUUCAGACGGGCACCUAGGUUGCUUCCAUUUCUUGGCUAUUGUAAAUAAUGCUGCGAUAAACAUACGGGUGCAUCU